AUGGCUGAUGAACCUCGAAGAUCUGGUCGCGCGACCAAAGGACAAUACACUAAAGACCGCGAUAUCAAUGAAGAUGUCCCCACCAAGAAGAAGGGCAAAGGGAAAAGCGCCAAAGCCAAAGCCGUCGAACAAGAGGAAGAGGGUGACGAGAUAAUUCGCUGUGUUUGCGGGACAUACGAGGAAGAAGAAGAUGUCCCUCGGGCCAUGAUCUGUUGUGACAACUGUUCGGCGUGGCAACACAAUGGCUGUAUGGGCCUCCCAGAGGACUAUGAAGCGGCAACGUACUACUGUGAACAAUGCAGACCCGAGAAUCACAAAACCUUGCUAGAAGCUAUCGCGCGAGGGGAGAAGCCGUGGGAAGAAGCAACCAAAAAGAGAGAAGCGGCUGAAGCCGAGAAAGGGAAAAAGAAAGGUGGCAGAAAGGGUCGAAAAUCAGGAGCCGCCCGAACGAGUGAAGUUGCAUCUCGAGGCUCUCAGGAGGUGGAAGAGUCACAGCUGCAGUCUCUUGCCGUGGGCCAGAAGCGCAAACUCGAAGAGUUUCCCAGUGUUCCAGACUUGAAGGUAUGUUGCAUACGAUUUACAUGUCAGGGCAAGCUAACACCUCAACAGAACAAGAAAGCCCGAGGUACACCUGCUGCAGACACGAAUGGUACUAAAGCCACAACCCCAGCCCGCAAGUCCAGUCGAUCCGGGACCCCUUCGAGGCAAGCUUCCAAGUCGGAGCCUAGUUCGGACGUCGUUUCGGAUGUGAAGGAACUCACCAACGCAUCGAGGAAGCAAGCUGCAUCAUCAUUGAUCAAGCUGAUAGAACAACAAAUCAAAGAAGCUGUAAAACAAGGCGAAUAUGCCGUUCCCACUGGCUCAACCGCAACCGAAACGGCCAACGGAAUCGGUCUGCAUGUUGAACAUGCCCUGUAUCAUAUCCAGGCGGGGGGUAGUGGCGACCCAAAUGAAGCAUACAAGGCCCAGCUUCGGUCGAUUACGUUCAACGUGAAGAAGAAUCAUACUUUAGGGGUACGUCUGUUGAACGGGGGCCUCACCCCUAAUGAAUUUGCGUCGAUGGAUCCCAAGGACAUGGCAAGUGACGAACAGAAGAGGAAGGAUGCCGCUGUCAUGAAAGAGCUAGAGAAACAGCAUACAAUAGUCGAAGAACAGGGACCUCGGAUCAGACGAACACACAAGGGUGAGGAGUAUGUGGAUGAGUCAAGACAGGUUGCUGCUGAGUCUGUGACCUCCAAUGCUCCGGUACGGAAGACGAGCGUUGCGGAGCAAGAUGGAGAGAUGAAGAGUCCUGGCGUCAAGAGCCCAAGUGAAACUCUAGGCGCAGCUGGAAAAGCAAGCACACAAGUAAGGCCUAAACCCUCUGUGGACACGACCAGACGACAAUCCUCAGCAAGCUUUGAUAUUGACAAAGUCUGGUCAAAUGUUCAGGGAUCUCCGGAUGGUGAUGGGCAACGAUUCGGUGAAUUACCUCAACAGUCGCCCAGCCUAGCUGUCCGAGAGCCGGCAGGACCGGGUACCAAGGCAGAUGCAGAUAUUGAUGAACUUCUCAAGGAUGAGGAGGCGGAGUCACCACCCUACUCUCCUAAAGAGUCCGCCGAGACUGACGGUACGGUCUGGCGAGGCACUGUCAACGGCGGCAAUCUAGGCCGCUUUCACGCUUCGGCGAGAUAUGCGGCAGGAGCAACGCCUGAUAGUGACACACUGCGCAUGACUUACCACCAAUUAAUACCGCCUGAGAUUGUCAUUGGCGGUCGAAUUCAGCCGGCCAGAGCGGAUGAAUACCUCUGUGGGCUCGAGUAUAGCAACACCUCAGAUCUCGUCAUCGUCUGGAUGCCUGAGCCCCAAAACUCACACGAUCAGGAGCAAUUCGACAAGUUGUUCCGAUAUUUCAAAACCAAGGAUCGAUUUGGUGUCGGUAUUCAACAUCAAAACCCGGCCAUCAAAGACAUUUACCUCAUCCCUCUAGAUUUGGGUCAAGAGUUGCCCACUUUUGUGAAAAAGCUUGAAACCGAUUUUCCAGAUCCUACCAGGGAGCGUAUGCUGUUGGUGCCAAUCGUUAUUAAGAACAGCGAGCUUCCUCACAACAUGGCAGCGGCGAUGUUAGAUGGACCGGGAGCUGCAGCAAGCCCAAGUACUAGAGGACCUACCGUGCAGACACCGAUACCGCACGAGGGCAGUUUCGAGUCGCCACAACCGAAUCCAUAUCACCAGUCUCCGGUGCCUGGAAUAAACGGUACGCCUCAGGUAAUACCAUCUCAUCCAAACGCAAAUAUUCCAUCGCAAUCACAAUCUGCUGUUGUGCCACAGCAGUACUCCCCACCCACUCCCACACCACAAUACCCACCGCAACAGUCAAUGGCGAUGUUCAACGCGCAAAAAAUCCUUGGCCCGUUGGCAACGAGCCCUGCCGUGGUGCAGUUAUGUACGCAGGUGCCCAAUGCCGGUGAAAACGAAUUCCGAGUUAUCAAGGAGUGCCUUGAAAAGAAUCCCGAGGCUGCAAAUAGUCUUGAGGUAUUGACGGGAAUGCUACAGCAUUUCACAACAGGUACAGGGGGAGGUGGCGGAGGCGGAGGAGGUGGGAAAUAG